AUGUCCGCUGCACCUCGGAGGAGACUGGCCUGUCGCCUCUGCACCCGGCGGAAGGUCCGGUGUGACAAGCAGAUACCAUGCCACAACUGCGUGAAGAGGGGGACUCCAGCAGAAUGCGAGCGCGAGGAUCCCGACGACAUACAUCUGCAGGGCACAGUAUCUAGUGUUCGACACCACCCCGAAGACGCGUCUGCCGUUGGUGCUCUUCGUGCUCGUGUCGCCGAACUUGAGGCUGCCCUUCAGGAGAGAAUUGCAGAGGCCAAUGUGGCGCGGUCUCCAACGACACCAGCAACAGGGCAGGCCGAGGGGACACAGCUGAGGUCGUCGUCGCCGAGUCAGGGGUCAGACAUUGAAGAUGCAGUCACCGUCCUGGAGUUCCUGGCCUGGGGCCGCAUGAAGGACCCAGACAAUGCGAUGCUGUCGCCGGAAGCCCUCAGAGUCUCGGAGCACGAUGAUGGGAUUGGCAUCAGCCCGGCCGAAGAGCUCGACUGCGCCCUCGACUCCGGCAUCAAUCUGCUUUCCUGGUUGCAGAUCCUGCUCCCCUCCCGCCGCCAGGUGUACCAGCUGGUCGAGUAUCACAGCAACUGUAUGCUCUGGUUCCAUGGCUCGUACUUCGCACCCACAUUCUCCAAAGAACUGGCCUCGUUCUACGCCGACCACGAAGGCAAGUUCGACUCCAGGGGGGUCGCAUUGCAAUGGGUGGCAUUGCUGUUCGCAAUCAUGGCUGGGACAAUCACCUCCGCCCCAGCGCACGAGGCGAGGAAAUGGGGCUUCGACGAAAGUGAAGCACGGCUUUUGUCUCAAAAAUGGUACAAAGCGGUGGUCGUCGCCUUGAACGCCGCGAAUUUCACCGCCCACCAUUCCUUACAUUCUGUUCAAGCCAUCACCACGUUGACAAACACUGCGCAUAUGUUGGGCCAUUCAAAUGCCCAGUCCGUGAUGUUGGCAUCUGCAGUCCGUAUCGCGCAAAGCCUUGGUCUGCACAGACUAGACGACGAUGCUCCAGGUGGCGGCGUCGAGCUGGAAACCGGCCGUCGCGUGUGGCAGGAGCUCUGUACCCAGGACUGGUUCAGCACCGCCUUUUCCGAGUCGUACUCUAUCAACCCUCUGCACUCGACCUCUCUCCCUCCUCAAAACUGUGACGAUGACCUGAACGUCCUCGACGAGUCCGAGCCGACCGUGACCAGCUUUUGCAGGUUUCUGUCCAAGAUCGCGGCCAUCAUGCCCGCGCUGCAGGAUGCCAUGGCUCUGUCCAAUACACUUUAUACCAAGCACGAGGCGGUUCUCGUCUACGACAAAAAGAUGCGGUCGUUGGCCACUGGCAGGCCCCCGUUCCUCGCGAACACAGCCUUUGAUACCAGUUGGCCGUGCUACAUUCCAUGGGCGCGUCGAGCCAUUGCAAUGAGCUCCGCACACAAAAUCAUCAUGAUUCACAGGAAGCUGCUCGGUCUCAGCUUCACGAACCCAGUCUUCGCGUUCACGCGUCGGACAUGCCUGGCCGCAUCCAAAACAAUCUUGAAAGAGUAUCUUGCGAGCAGCCGGGACGAAUCGAGCCCGAUGCUCUGGACUCAUCAGGCAUUCGCGGUGGCAGCUUGCAUAGUCAUCUGCUUUGACACCCUCCACUCGCCGUACUCCGGCCAGGACGAGUCACAGCUGGUCGCCCAAACGCUCGAGCAUCUGCAGCUUUGCCAGCAGAAGAGCAUGAUAGCCGCUCGAGGCGUGAAAGUCCUCAACGCGCUGCAAAAGCAGAUAGAGAACCGGAUCGAGAGUCGAAAGAGGCCAAAUGACGCUCCCAGAGACAGCGCCCCAAGAAAGAGACGUCGAGGUUUCGACGCCGCGGAGUUUGCUCGAUCCUUCUGCGAAGGCCAGGAUCGCCCUCCGCUCCUGAAUCAAGGCAUAUCAGAGCGCCUGACUCCUGCUGGAGAAUUGGACCUCAUGCAGCAGCGAGCCGAGGACGCCACCACGCAAGCGGUCGGUGUGGACGAACCACUGACUCUUCCUGCAGACUUGAAUUGGCUGUGGAGUAUGCCGCUCUCUGAUGAAGAUGGCACGCAAACAUUUGACACCCUGCUAUCUUUUGCAAAUCAAGGUCGCGCGUUCUAGCACCAAGGCGUACUGAGUUCAAAGUUGUUUCUCGCCCAAUGGGGGUCUCAUUUUAAUACCAUGCUCUAUCUUAUGCUUAGCCUUUCCAGAAAAAGAUGGCUCAUGCUAUAGGAGGGAAUUUUGAUCAGGACAUCGCCAAUUACAACGAAGGCGUGUUCAUGGCUUGCACUAUCCCGGAAAAGGAGGAAUAUCGCUCUCAUUCAUUCACAUCCAUCACUACCGAGGCUGCUACCCUGAUGGGUGGUCCGAUGCCGCAAUAUUACACUGAUGCAUGAUCCUUGGCCCAUACGACUCAGGAAACUCGGUCUUUCAUGCCGUGUCAGCAAGGCGUCAUAGCAAGAUAGAUUCUUGAGUCAACUUACGAUGCUGUGCCACAAUGCACGAUUGUACCAAAGGACGACGUCUUGCUCCUGGUGAGGAUGGGCGUAUAUGUUCUCGGGCGAGAUUGCUGGCCGCAUGAUUCUGCGACAAUGUUAGCCAAACACGUUUGACAACGGCUGCGAGAAAUCGCCU